GAGGGACCUAUAAUAUAGUAGUGAUGGAAACUUCUGUUAUUCAAUUAUGAGUUUAGUAGUGAAAAUUUUGAUCUAUAAAGGCUGUUCCCUCGUUGACUUAAGCUAAUAUAAAUUUCUUCAAGUGAAGAAAGAGCCUUAUUCAAGUGUGUGUGAGGAAAUAAAAAAAAAAAGAGAUGGGAAGAGCUCCUUGUUGUGACAAGGCCAAUGUAAAGAAAGGGCCAUGGAGUCCUGAAGAAGAUGAAAAGCUAAGAGAGUACAUAGAGAAAAAUGGAACUGGAGGGAACUGGAUUGCUCUCCCACAAAAAGCUGGUUUGAAAAGAUGUGGGAAGAGUUGUAGACUCAGAUGGCUUAAUUAUCUCAGACCAAACCUUAAGCAUGGGGAGUUUUCUGAAGAUGAAGACAGAAUAAUCUGCACUCUCUAUGCUAGCAUUGGAAGCAGGUGGUCAAUAAUAGCAUCUCAGUUGCCAGGAAGGACAGACAAUGAUAUCAAGAACUAUUGGAACACCAAGCUCAAGAAAAAAAUGAUGGGAAUGAACCCUUCAGCACUGAAGAAACCACACCAAGUUAACCUUUCACCCAUGCUUCAAAACUCAACACCAUCAUCAUCUUUCAAAAACAACCACAACUCUUAUUUCCAGCCCCAUUUGCCCUUCACAGGCUCUGAGUCCAUUUCAUAUUCAAGUCUUCCGAGUGACAAUUAUUCCACUUUUGAGAGCCUUCAGAAUUACCAAGUUAGUAGUGUCUUUAUGGAAACAAGUUGCAGCUCUUCUUCAGAUGGAAGCUGCAACAACAAUCAGAUCAAUCAUGUCAAGGAAGCAGAACUUGGAUAUGUUGGUGAUGGAACUUUUGGUGACCAGAUAAUAGGUCGUCUAAGUUACCUCAAUAGUGGGGUGGAAGAUCAAGAUACCCUAAAGUUGGUGCCCUCCAAUGCUGGUAGGGUUAGUGGGGUGACAGAUGAAGAAACUAGAUUAUGGGGAGAAAGUCCAUUAGAGUAUGGUCUAGAAGAAAUUAAACAGCUAAUAAGCAAUAGUAGUUGCAACAACUUUAUGCUUGAUGACAGCAAGACUGGGGAAAUGGUCAUGUACUACUGAUGCUGAUGCUGACUUGUUAAAAUCAAGAACAUUUGAAGGGCAUGGGUUGAAGUUAGAACAGUUUCAGAUUUGAUUUGGUGGACUUGGAGUGUUGUGGGGGGAAAGGUAGUGUUUUAAUUGGUCCACUUACUUUUUUUACAGUACAUGUUGGAAGUUUCAGUUGUAUUGUAUCAUUUACUUGGUGCAGGUAUUAUUAACCCCACCAUAAUAACAUAACCAUGGUGGAUGUGUCCAAAAACAAAUGAAUCAGAAAGGAAAUGAGGAAGCCUUGUAAAGUAGAGCACCUCUGAAUCCUUCUUCCACCAGGUUUAGAAAGAGGAUUGCAGCAGCAAUCCACUACUAUUAUUUAAAUACUUUAUUAUGUAACAGUUUUGCUUCCAAUCAUGCACCUAAAAGCACCUUUAUGGUUUUAUUAUUGUUUCCCCAAUGUAGAUCGUACACGUAUCUAUUUCCUCCAUACAAAUUUUAUUUCACUUAGUUAA